AUGCUUGUCCUUCUUGCGGCGUCUACAGUCCUUUCCUUCAUCGGGCCGUUUGCCAUCGCUUCGAGAGUUGGCUCAAUACAAGUAGAGUAUAGUAGAGAUCCACCAUCAGGUUGGACACUCUCUCGUCCCGCAGAUCCAAAUCAUCGAUUCAGCAUAUCCAUCGCAGCCGAUAGAAGCGGGCAUGUGGAGCGGGCCCUCUACAGUGUCUCGACGCCGGGACAUGAGCUUUACGGCAGGCACCUCUCUAGAGAGGAGGCACAAGCACUUCUCAACCCCGAUACAGAGUCACGAGAUAUUAUUACAAACUGGCUUCAGGAACACGGGAACGCAACAGGGGCCGAUAUUGCGAGCGACAAUCAUUGGAUCAAAGUGCAGACGACGGUGAAGAAGGCGAAUAGUCUGCUCGAUGCAGACUUUAGAUGGUUUCGAAACAUUGACAGCGGCAAGGAGGUGCUGCGGACGUUGCAGUACUCACUACCCUUGGGGUUGAAGAACAGGAUCUCGUUGAUCACCCCGUCCACAAGAUUCUGCUCUCACCCAAUGAUGCAUCAAGAACAGGCAGUGAGAUCAUUAGCUGGCGUGAACCCGAAACUUCUUUACACGGCACAGGUAGAUAGGAUUACGCCGCCCGCAUCGCAAGCGCAAGUCGAUCCUACGUGUAAUAGGACGAUUACGCCGAACUGCAUACGAGCCCUGUACAAUGUUCCUGCCAAAAUGAACGUCAGUCCGGCCCGCGGUCUUGGGAUUUACGCCUCGCAGAACCAGGUCGCCAAAUUUGACGACUUUGCCCUGUUUGCCAAGAACGUCGAUCAACCGUCAACGGGAGUAAAGUUUUCUUUCCUUAGUAUCAACAAUGGCACAACCGAUCAGGCUCAGAACAAGUUCUCAAACGCGGAGCUCAACUUCGACGUUCAAUAUACGGCUUCAUUAUCCAAUCCGGUACCCAAUAUUGUCACCGCCGUGGCGGGAGACGGACCAAUCAAGCUCGAACUAGGCGGACAGCCUGGGGACACGACGGAACCUUGGUUGAUCUGGUUAGACGCGAUGCUCAAGCUACCCGACGACAAGCUUCCUCACACGAUCACCACUAGUUUCGGUGAGAACGAGCAGUCCCUUCCGGACGGCUAUGUUCAGCAGAUUUGUGAUCAGUUCGGCGCACUCGGGGCCAGGGGCGUUACGAUGUUCGCCGCGUCGGGAGACUCUGGACCGGGCAACACCUGUGUCACAAAUGACGGUACCAACAGCACGCGGUUCAAUGCCGUCUUUCCCGCAUCGUGCCCCUUUGUCACUGGAGUCGGCGGGGUAAGGGGUAUCGCGCCUGAGCGGGCCAGCGACUUCUCGAGCGGUGGAUUCUCGGACAAGUUCGCCAGACCGGCAUAUCAAGAGCAAGUUGUGCCGGCGUACCUGAAGAACACAAUUGGAAACCAGUUCAACGGCCUUUUCAACGCAUCAGGCCGAGGCUUCCCAGACGUGAGUGCCCAGAGCUUCAACCUCACAUUCGUGACGGGCGGCCAACUAGGUGGCUUCCAAGGUACUAGCGCUGCCGCUCCAAUCUGGGCAGGCAUGGUGGGCAUGGUCAACGCCGCUCUCAUCCAGGCGGGCAAGCCACCAAUGGGAUUCAUCAAUCCAUGGCUAUAUGGCGCUGGGUUGCAAGCCAUCAACGACGUGUCUGCUGGGCAGUCCGUAGGCUGCACUGGCACAACAGGUUUUGGUACGCAAAAGUUCCCGCCUGAGUUCGGAGCAAAGCUCGUGCCGAACGCGAGUUGGCCCUCGGUGGCUGGCUGGGACGCUGUCACUGGCUUGGGGAGCCCGGAUAUUGGCAAGAUGUUGGCGCUGAGGAUGGCAAUGUGA